CGCAAUAUUCGUUUUAUUUUUGCUUUUCAAAAUUUUGUCACUCUCGUUGUGUCAACAGAAUUUCAUUUUGUUAAUUAUAAAAUUAAUUUUUCCUUUAAGAAGUUUGAGUCGUGAAAAAAUCAAGCAUUUAGAAACACUUAAGUGAAAUCACCUGGUUGAACGUCCAAGUGGCUGCUCUUUCUCAAGUGCCCGAUUGAAACAUCGUAACUAAUAUGACUCUAGAUGAUGAAAAUAAUUCCGUUCAGCGUUUCGUGUUAAAGUGCAAUGUCUCAGCAUGUUACCAGGAGCUUUCCAACAAGAUUGAUCAACCUUGGAUAACUGUUUGUGGGCACAUUUUCUGUGCUUCCUGUGGUUUGGCUGAACUAGGAAAACUUCCAGCCAUUUGUCCCAUUUGUUGUCAUCAAUUGACAAGCCCAUUUGAUAUCAUCCAGUCUGAACUAAAUCCUCCGAGUCACUUUGUUGAGAUGGUUUUAAUGGGACUGAAUCCAAAUGACUGCCUUGAAGCAGCAAGAAGAGGAAUAUCAUUUUGGCAAAGCCAAUCUGUCUUGCAGCUGAACAGCUCGGAAAAUAACGUUCAAAAUACCCGUUCACAGAUCGUGGAAAUGCAGAGUCACUACGAGGACAAAGUUGCAACGAUGAAUCGCGAGAUUUUCACCCUGAGAGAGGAAUGCCAACGUCUGAAAGAGGAAAAUUCUAAAUCGCAGCAUCACAAGACACCAGUUUCAGCGGAUCGAAGUAAUUUGAAUACCCAAGAGCAACAGAAGGCGGUAGCCGCCACCAAAGUCAGCACGAACGCUACCGGAACUGUUAAAAAACAAUUGUACCCGCGGCCGUCAAUCCCGCUCCAGCACAUACGACCAACAUCUUCACGCAAUGACAGCCUACCGCAAAGACAGUUCCUUGGCAAAUUCUAGAACUACAUUAUCGAAAGGAACAAAACAACUAAAUUUAAAGGAAUGGUUUCGUCCUUGCCUACGUGUUAGAAAAAAGACCCAAACAAAAAUCCUACGUGCCGAUAUAAAGUGAAAACAACCCAAAAAUCGUCCUUCCCCCCAUAUUUAGAAGUCACGUGAAAUUUUUAAUCAGGAAGUCUUUGUUCCCCCUACUUUCUUAUGAUGCAGAAGCAACCGGUUCGGCUUCAUGCGUGCUGAAACUUGUUUACUCUCUUCGGCAAUUGUAAAAGUAAUUUCAUAUAGUAAAAAAACAAAAAAAAACAAAACAGAUAUAAUUCGAAAUGUUUAUUAAAGUGUAAGGUGAAAUAAAUCCCCGGUACAAAUCUCUAGUUCCCAAUUGCAUAGUAAUUGAGGAUCAGCGAUUUACGACGACAAUCAAAGCCUUAUAUAAAAAAUGUUGGCAUAGUCAACACCUGAAGACGGUUCUUCUCCGGCAUCAAUUGCUGGGGAUAAUACAUACACAUAGUGAAUGGCUUUAUAGGGAAAUUUUUCUAGAUAAAUGGGACGA